GAGAGGUGGAUCAUCUUCGGUGACGCUCGCCUGCCCCCGCUGCAUAUAAGGGGCCGAAGACCUGAGCAAGAGAGUCCUGCGUAGCAUCACGCCAUCCAGCGAGAUGGAGAACAUCGAAUUGUCCAGGGUCUCCACAAUCGUCGAGUGCUCGCCAAGCGCGGAGAAUUGUAGCUUGUCGGGACGAGGGGGAGAGGUCAGCAGUGCUUUGGAGACGGGCUUGGCGAAAGGAGAGCAGGGUGUACAUCCUCCGGCACCAGUCCUUUCGAAGCCGAUCAUAUCCACGCCUCCUUCAAUCCAUCACGAAAUUGCACCCCCAGCAGACAGCGACAGCCCUGGCACCCCCACGAGAACACCCAAGCAGCGCCGUGCGGCACUGACCUACUUUGGAAUCUGUUGCUUCGUGCUUUUACUGCAAGGAUGGAACGACGGCGCCCCUGGUGCCCUCCUCCCCACCAUGCAGGCGCGCUACAAUAUUGGCUUCAUCACAGUGUCUAUGAUCUUCAUAUCGUAUGCCGCCGGCUACAUCGUCGGAGGUUUCUCCAAUGUCUACCUCUCUGACAAGCUUGGGUUCGGAAAGACCAUGUUUCUAGGUUCGGUUCUCCAGUCCAUUGCAUAUAUCAUGCAAAUCCCUGCACCCGUCUUUCCGGUGUUUGCUGUAGCGUUCUUCUUUGCGGGCUUUGGCCUUUCUCUGCAGAACGCUGGAUCGUCAUCGUUCGUCGGCGGUCUGAAAAAUCCCUCGACCAUGGUCGGCAUCAUGAUGAGUGCGUACGGGCUCGGUGCUUUUCUCGCGCCCCUGGUCGCCACGCAAUUCUCCAAGCUGGAAAAGUGGUCAUAUUUCUACAUCAUCACCCUCGGCCUGAAUUGCGCCAACGCGGCCCUCAUCCUUGCCGUCUUCCGGCUGCGCACGUACAAUGAACUCAUGGCCUCGGCGGGCUACGAGCAGCCUGACGCGGGCAGCGCCAAUGAGACGAGCAAAUACCGUCAACUCAUGCGUUUGCCGACUGUUCAUCUUACGGCGCUGUUCUGCUUCAUCUAUGUUGGCACGGAGGUGACGCUUGGCGGCUGGAUCGUGACGUUCGUCAUUGACGAGCGCGGCGGUGGGAGCAGCUCCGGUUACCUAUCCUCUGGCUUCUUCGGUGGCCUCGCUCUGGGCCGCAUUCUGUUGCUUUGGGUGAACAAAUGGGUCGGCGAGAAGCGCGUCGUCAUGGUUUACACCCUCAUCUGCAUCGCGUACGUCCUCUUCUUCCCAUUACACCUUCGCAUCCACAUCUCCACCUCCCCUCAUACACCCGCUCACGUUCUCACGUUUCCCAGCCUCGAGGUUACUGUCUGGAAGAUCCCUUCCCUCAUUGAGAAUGCCGUCGCCGUUGCCAUCAUCGGCCUCCUCCUUGGGCCCAUGUACCCCAUCAUGGUCAGCCAGACGCGCAAGACGCUUCCGCCCUGGCUCCUCGCCGGCGGCCUCGGGUGGAUCGGCGGAAUAGGGCAGUCGGGCUCGGCGGUGCUGCCGUUCAUCACGGGCGUGCUGUCGUCGAAAUUUGGUAUCAGUUCGCUGCAGCCGUUUGUGCUGUCGAUGCUGGUGGUUAUGGGCGGGACGUGGUUCUCCAUUGCGCCCAGGGCGACGCUGCGGAGGCUGGACUAAGACAGUGACAUGCGAAAGCUCCAAGUAGACAGAAUGCGACUGUUCCCCUUUCCCUGCGACUUGGCCUUGCUAAAUCUUUGAAGCACUUAUGACAGAGGACCAACUACGUAAUUCCCUUUGGCCAAAGCUUUGACACUACCUAAUCACGUACAAAUUUACAUAUGAAAACAAAGAGCCAUCCGCUGAAGUCACGUAGAAAUGCGCCA